GUCAAACUCCCUAAACACUGAUUGGUCAGAUGACGAAGGUGCGCGCAUUGACGGGUCACGUGGAGGGGGGGAAGAUGGCGGCCUCGAAGAUGUGUGGAAGGAGCAGUCGAGAGCUAUGGACCAUCCUGCUGGGAAGAUCAGCAUUGAGAGAACCGGCCCAAAUCGAAGCAGAACUGGACCGAAAUUGGGAGCGCUUGCACUUGGGAUUGUGUUACUACAAAACACCCAGUACAUUGUCAGCUGACAAGUUGAAGGCUGAUAAGAAUGUUACCCAACCAAUGAAAGACUUUGGCUUGAGAAUCAGUAAACUCCUGGGUCUGGAUGAACAGCAGAGUGUACAGAUAUUGGAAUGUUACUUGCAGGAGGAUUACAGAGGGACUCGCAAUACCAUGAAGUCUGUCCUACAGGAUGAAAGGCAGAGUCAAACCCUGCUGUUGAAGAUUGCUGACUAUUACUAUGAGGAGCGGAUCUGUCUGUUGCGCUGUGUGCUGCUCCUCCUGACCUUCUUCCAGGAUGAGAGGCAUCCAUUCAGGACGGAGUACUCCAACUGUGUGAGCAAGUUGGAGAAGGACCUUGUGAUCAAGUACCAACAGCAGUUUGAGACCCUGUUCAAAGCUGAGGCACCAACAUGGGAGACCCAUGGAAACCUCAUGACGGAGAGGCAGGCGUCUCGCUGGUUCCUGCAGUGUCUUCGGGAGCAGUCCCUCCUUUUGGAAAUCCUCUUUGUGUACUAUGCCUACUUCGAGAUGGCACCAGCAGACCUGCUCUCCCUUACCAAGAUCUUCAAGGAACAAGGUUUUGGACAAAGGCAGACAAACAGACAUCUGGUAGACAAGAGUAUGGAUGUGCUGGUUGAUCGGAUUGGGUACCUAAGUUCUCUGAUCCUGGUGGAGGGGAUGGACAUUGAUUUCCUGCACAAGUGUGCUCUUGAGGAUCGCACAGAGCAGCACCAGUUUUCAAAUUGUCCUGACAUCUGCAAAGAGAUGGACCAGAUUCUGCUGACUUUCGGAGACAUCCCGCACCACGCCCCGGUUCUGUUGGCUUGGGUUCUGCUGCGGCACACCCUCAGCCCAGAUGAAUCCAGUGCUGUUGUGCGUCGGAUCGGCAACACUUCCCUGCAGCUCGCUGUGUUCCAGUACCUGACCACCAUGCUCCAGGCGCUGGGUAGCAGUGCCACCAAUUGCACGGCCAGUACGGCGCGCAUGUGUGUUUACGGACUCAUCUCCUUCGUCAUCACCUCCUUUGAAGAGGAAACCCUUGGAAGCCAGCAGCACCUGAUAAACGUGGCGUGUGAAGUCCUCGCUGCUCCUAACCUGGCUGAGCUCUUCUGGGAGACUAAGCCGACGGCGGGACUGGGGAUGAUCCUGGACAGCGCUGUGGGGAUGUUCCCUCACAAGAUCGGCCCGCUUCUGCAGCUGCUGACCGCACUGCUGUCUGACAAGCCCACCGCCAAGAAGGUCUACAGCUUUCUGGACAAGAUGAUCUUCUACACGGAGGUGUACAAACACAAGCCCAGUGACAUCAUGUCCCGGGAGGACGAGACCCUGUGGCGCAGGCAGACCCCCAAGCUCCUCUACCCGCUCGGUCUGGGCCAGACCAAUCUGCGCAUGCCUCAGGGCUCCCUGGGUCAGGUGGUCCCUGGGGAGCAGGGCUACAUGGUGCGCUGGGAUUACUCCUACAGCUCCUGGACGCUGUUCACCUGCGAGAUCGAAAUGCUGCUGCACGUGGUCUCCACUGCGGACGUGAUCAUGCACUGCGAGAGGGUGAAGCCCAUCCUGGACCUGGUGCACAAGGUGAUCAGCACCGACUGGACCGUGUCUGACUGCCUCCUGCCCAUCACCUCCCGCAUCUACAUGCUGCUGCAGAGACUGACCUCGGUGAUAAACCCCCCUGUGGAUGUGAUAGCCUCCUGUGUGAGCUGCCUGAUUGUGCUGGCUGCACGGAUGCCUGGGAAGGUUUGGUCCAGCUUACACCACACUGGCUUCCUUCCAUUCGCCUCCACCCCCCUCACCAACAUGGCGCAGUCCAUCAGUGCUGAGGGCAUGAAGGCCGGUAACUAUGGCAACCUGCUGGUGCUGAUCGAGCAGCCUCGGGGCGAGUACGCGGUGACCAUUGCUUUCCUGCGCCUCGUCACCACCCUCGUCAAGGGCCAGCUGGGAAGCACCCAGAACAAAGGCCUGGUCCCCUGUGUGCUGCUGGUGCUGAAGGAGAUGCUGCCCACCUACCACAAGUGGCGCUACAACACCUAUGGAGUGAGAGAGAGGAUAGGCUACCUGAUCCUGGAGCUCAUCCAUGCCAUUCUUAACCUGAGUCCUGAAGGAGAGUCGCAGGGAAGCACCCCCAGUCUGCAGUCCCUCUGUAUCUACAGCCUGGCCAACACUGACGCAGGCCAGGCAGUGGUGAACAUCAUGGGAAUCGGGGUGGACACCAUCGAUGUGGUGCUGGCAGCCCAGCCCAGCAGCGGUGGGUCUGAGGGUCCAGGCCAGAUCCUCAUCCAGACGGUGAAACUGGCCUUCUCCGUCACCAACAACGUGAUCCGGCUGAAGCCUCCGUCUGACGUGGUGUCGCCGCUGGAGCAGGCUCUGACACAGCACGGUGGCCAUGGCAACAACCUGAUUGCAGUCCUGGCGAAGUACAUCUACCAUAAACACGACCCAGCUCUGCCGCGGCUCGCCAUACAGCUGCUGAAGAGACUCGCCACGGUGGCCCCCAUGUCAGUGUACGCGUGCCUGGGCAGUGACGCGGCAGCGAUCCGAGACGCUUUCCUGAUCAGGCUGCAGAGCAAGACCGAGGAUGUGCGCAUCAAGGUCAUGACCCUGGAGUUUUUGACUGUUGCUGUGGAAACGCAGCCUGGCCUAAUUGAGCUUUUCCUCAACCUGGAAGUAAAAGACGGGCCUGAGGGGUCAAAGGAGUUCCUGCUGGGGGAGUGGAGCUGUCUGCAGGUGGUGCUGGACCUGAUCGACUCCAGGCAGCAGGGGAAGUACUGGUGCCCCCCGCUGCUGCACCGGGCUGCAGUGGCCUUCCUCCACGCCCUGUGGCAGGACCGGCGAGAGAGCGCCAUCUCAGUGCUGCGGACCAAAGAGAAGUUUUGGGAAAAUCUGACGACGACUCUUUUUGGAACUCUUCCUCCCCCUUCAGACACAACAGAGCCUUGCAUUCUUGAAACAUGUGCCUUUGUCAUGAAAAUCAUUGGCCUGGAAAUCUACUACGUGGUCAGUGGCUCCCUGGAGCAGUCUCUGAAGGACACGCUGAAGAGGUUCUCUGUGGGGAAGCGUUAUGAGUACUGGUCCCAGUACGUCAAAUGCCUGGUGUGCCACAUGGCGGAGACCGAGGAGGAUGAGGUCCGCUCCUUCUCCGAGUGCCAGAUGCUCAUUUCCGCUUGGAGAAUGCUGCUCAUCCUCUCCACCAGCCACUCGGAUGUGAUGCUGCUGACAGACGACUCCACCCGGCUAAAGCUCUUCAUGGACGUGUUGGACGGCACCAAAUCUGCUCUGCUGGUGCCCAUGUCAGUGCACUGCCUGCGCCUGGGCUCCAUGAUGGCCACACUGCUGCUUAUCCUGCUCAAACACUGGAAGAGCGUGGUGGCGUCGGCCCCUGAUGUGCUGCUGCCGCUCUCUCUGAUCCUGGAGAGCAUUGUGCAGGAGGACCAGCAGCAGAUGGAGAGGACCAAGGCCAAAGUGUUCUCCGCUCUCAUCUCCGUCCUGCAGAUCCAGGGCCUCAGCGGUGGCGAGAUUUCCCAGCUGCCCCAGCUCCUGCUGUGCGUGUGCGAGACGGUGCAGGACGAGGCCCUGGCCUUGAUGGACAGCACGCGUCACGUGGCUCUGGCGGGGGACGUCCCUGAGGACAAAGACAGCAUGGAGACGGACGUGGCUCCGCGGAGCCUGCAUCAGGACCAGAGAGACGGGGUGUGUGUGCUGGCGCUGCACCUGGCGAAGGAGCUGUGCAGGGUGGAUGAGGACGGGGAGCACUGGCCGCUGGUGCUGCGCAAGCUGCCGGUCCUGCCCUCGGUGCUGAGCGCCCUGGAGCUGAGCCUGCGGCUCAAACAGAACCUGUACUUCACUGAGGCUGCGCUGCACCUGCUGCUCACGCUCGCACGUACCGCACAGGGCGCAGUGGCGGUGGCGGGUGCUGGUGUGAUUCAGAGCAUCUGCCUGCCCCUGCUGAGCGUGUACGAGAUCACCGGCAACGGAGCCUCGCAGAGCUCCGGCUUCUCCCGGAAGUCCCAGGACACGCCCUCCUGGCCCGGGGUGUACCGGCUCUGCAUGUCCCUGAUGGAGAGCCUGCUCAAGACGCUGCGCUACAACUUUGUGAACGAGGCGCUGGACUUUGUGGGCGUCCAUCAGGAGCGCAUCCUGCAGUGUUUGAAUGCGGUGCGGACCGUGCAGAGCCUGGCCUGUCUGGAUGAAGCGGACCACACCGUGGGCUUCCUGCUGCAGCUGUCCAGCUUCUGUAAGGAGUGGCAGUUCCACUUACCGCAGCUCCUGCAAGAUGUUCAGGUGAAUCUGUGUUACCUGUGCCAGACCUGUACAUACCUUCUGCACAGCAAGAAGAUGCUGCAUCACUAUCUCCAGACGAAGAACGGUGACUCAUUACCCCCCGGACCCCUGUCCCGGGCCCAGCGGGGGUCCCAGACCCCCUCCAAGCAGCCGGCGGGGGCGGGGGUUGGGGAGCGCGACGAGGCGGAGCAGAAGGCCCUGUUGGCCGUGCAGUGCAGCCUCCUGAAGAUCCUCAGCAAGACGCUGGCCACCCUGCAGCACUUCACCCCCGACUGCUGCCAGAUCCUGCUGGACCAGUCUCUGGACCUGGCGGAAUACCGCACCCUGUUUGUGCUGAGCUUCACCACGCCGGCCUUUGAAUCAGACGUUGCCCCUUCGUUUGGAACUCUCCUGGCCACCAUCAAUGUGGCCCUGAGCAUGCUGGGAGAGAUUGAGAAGAAGAAAGAGCCAGCGUCCCUAAGUGUUGGGUCUUUGGCCUCAUCUGAAGAAACUCAAGCUCUGAAAUCACUGCUGGUUUUUACCAUGGAGAACUGCUUCUACGUGUUGAUCUCUCAGGCGGUGCGAUACCUGAAGGACCCCACAGUGCACCUGAGAGACAAACAGAGGAUGAAGCAGGAACUCAGCUCAGAGCUGAGCACGCUCCUGUCCAGUCUGUCCCGUUACUUCCGCCGUGGGUCUCCCUCAUCUCCAGCCAGUGGGCUGCUCCCCUCCCCCCAGAGCAAGCCGUCUACCCCAGGCUCUAAAGGGGGUCCCGAGGGCCAGGAGCCCUUCAUCCAGCUGGUGCAGGCCUUCGUCCGGCACGUCCAGAGAUAGGAGCUCCCUCGGCUGGGCACUGCACCUCCUGCAGUGCGCUCCUCCUUCCUUUCUGCUCAGGAACCAAGGCAUUCUGGGCGGUCUCACAGGGAAACCUACAAACUGUACUGUCAGAAGGCCCUGUGACGCACUUUCAGCGGCCUGGGAUGAUGACACCAUGGAGAAAUUCCUGCCAGCACGAGCAGGCGCCAGGAUUCCAAACCUCAUCACCGCAGCAACACAGGCAAGACCGAGAAUCCAGACCUUUAAUGGCACAGUCAAAAGACCUGCUACAGACAAUAACCAUACUGUUUGAAUGUGGCUAGAUACGGUUUUUGGGUGGCACCCAAUUUGACUUGAACAUUCUCUUCUAGUGCCACUGGUAUUAUUUUAUUUCAAAUCUGGUACUGAUUUUGCCCUCAGCAGCCAAACAAAUAGAAACCCAACUGAAUGUGCAAUGGUAUGCAGGAUUAGUUACUCAUCCCAUCCUUCCUUUAACUAAGAAUGAGAUCGCGCUUGGUUUAUUAUACCUACCUUACUUGAAGUAACUUGGUGGCCUGUAAGGAUGUGGAACCUUUAGUUUAAAUGAAAAUGUUUUCUUUAUAUUGGGGUUUUUUGUUGACUGACAUUUAAGAUGGGGACUAAUGUUCAAACCAAAUGCAUCUAUGGUGUCUGGUAUCGGUUGCAGACUUGGGGUGCAAAAGUGCUGGCAUUUAAAGCACUAUACUUUUCUCAAAAUACACAUUGAAAAAAGUAUUUCUGCUUCAGAUUUACAACCUGGGCAAACUCAGCUCCCCCAGGUUUACUGGCAGAAGUAUAUAUUUUUAAAAAAUAUGAAAAAGCUAUUUUAGACUAAGUAUAUUGGGAAGAGUGGAUCUGAAUAUCAUUAAAGACUUUCAAUCUCAGGGUUUCUGACACUAUAGGUUUUGUAUUUGAUUAUUCUUGAAGGAAAUGUUUAAGAAGGGAACAACGGUAUAUUAGAAAUAUGUGCCUAACUUAGUGCUUUCACCCUCACUUUGUCAGUCCUCAAUGCAUGUCAAACACACAGUCUUAGUUGUGCUCUGGCAAUGCCAUGACUUCAUAACACAAUGGUGCCAAUGAGAAGACCUGUCUGACAAGGUAUUUAUGAUAUAUCCAUAGAUAGGUUACGAAGACAAGUAGUUGGAUGUAAAAGUGCAUGUUCAUCACACUUAAGUUUGCUUAGAGAGUACUUCUAUUUUCUAUAUUAUACUUUCUUUUGCCCUUCUAUAAAAUAUGACAUUUGUAGUGCUUUGGCCCCAAGGGUUGUUUCUGCUCUGCUCAUUUCAUUUUUAACCAUACUUUAAGCUUUGUGCAGUGAGUCUUAUCUACUCUGAUAUGCCAGGCCUUGCUUGUCUGCCUAUAUGCUCUUGUAAAUGUCCUGUCAGAAAAAUACAAUAUGGAACUUAAAAAGAAAAGCCAAGAUUUGUACGUUAAACCUAUUUUUGUCUUGUUUAUACAAUAAAACAUUUUUUUUGUAGAAGAACUGUUUUGUAGAUGCUUGUUUUAACGUGUCACUUAAAUUUGACCUAAGGAACCCAC